CUCUUUUGUUCCUCAUGAUUAAUAUUGAAAUUUCUUUUUCCUUGGCCACAAUAUUAUAUCAUUUCCAUCUUAAAGGAACUAAAAUAGGUUAUCUCCAAGAUAAAGCUUGUAAGCGGCAUAUUUGGUAUGAUAACUGCGAUAGAUCCAUUAUGGUUUUUUUUUUUUUGUAUAUUUUAUACUUGUAGAAGUUUUUCCUUCCUAACGAAAAAAAAAAAAAAAAUUGAUUUGAAAAGAGAAAGAUUCGUGAUAAGAAGUACCAGAAAAAUUUUCAUCUCUAUACAUGGUAAAGAUUGGCAAGAAAAUUAAGAAGAUGAUAGAUUAGUUAAGAUGUAAAAAUAACUGACGGCCACUUAAAAGGAGUUGACCGGGACUGUAACCAACUGCCGCCAAAAAGGUGAUAAUACAAAUUCUACAGUAAAAAACCGUCCUAUCUCCGACGUCUUCCAUUCGGAAAUCUUUUGAUCAUCAUGGGUAAGGUCUCCGACGUUGUUUACCCGGAGCUCCGAACAACCCAGAAGCUUUCAUCCGAUGGCAGUAAUUUCAUCAUCUGGAAACUGAAAUUUGCCUUUGUCCUCACCGACCACCAGUUCCCCCACCUCAUCAGCCCUUCUCCGGCCGAUCCCACUUGGGACGACCAGAGCCCCGACGCCCUGCGUCUAAUUCUCCGAUCACUGGACGAAAACCUCCGAAACGAGUUCCGCGAGAACCACACCCCGGCAUCCAUCAUGGAAGCUCUCCUUAGCCGAUUCAGUCCGACGUUGAAACGUUUCCCUGCAAUCAAUCUCAGGCGCUACAUGAGUUGCCGAAUGGAUCCGGACACGGAGAUCAAUCGGCAUAUAUUCCGAAUGCGGGCUAUUGCUAAAGAGCUUGAGUAUGGUGCCGGGAUUAAGAUUCCAGACGAUGUUCAGGCGACGUUUUUGUUGAAUAGUUUGCCGGAGGAGUGGGGGAAGGACGUGGAGAGAUUGUUGAGGGACUUGGAUGGACGUGAAGAAGAUUUGAGUUUUGUUAAUUUCAGCCGGAGAUUGAGGACCCUUCGAGAUGUUAAACAGCUCAAUAAUUAUAUCGAUUCAGAGAAGAAGAGGAAGAGGGCGAAUGGUGUUUGUUCCAGUUGUGGGGAGCAAGGCCAUUACAUGUCUGAUUGCCCUGAUCAAGGAUCACCAAAGCAGGAGGAUUUUUCAGUCAGUUUUGGGCCUUUUGGUGUUCCUAUAUCUGAACCAACUGUCACCGAAAUUUGGUAUCCGGAUCUGAAAACAAACUAUAGAAUUGGCUACAAUGGACCAAAUUCUUUCACUACAUGGAAGCUUGAAAUUUCUGAUGUCCUUGAAGAUAUCGGAGUUGACUAUGUGCUCAAAGAACCUGAACCUUCUGAUCCUGCCGACUCUGGUUCUGAGGAAGAUGCCCUUCGUUAUAAAAAGUGGCACGCUGAUGACUUCACAUGCCGCCACCUUAUCCUUGGCACAAUGGAGGAUGAUGUGUUUCUCAGCUUCUAUGACUACCCCACUGCCAAAUCUCUAAUGGCUGCUGUUGAAGCAUUCUUUAAUUCUGCUUCAGCUGCUCAAAAGUUGGUUCGACUGAAGAGGUAUAUGAGCCAUUAUAUGUCAGAUGAAACUCCGACUAUGAAUCAUCUCCGUGACACGGACGUGUUGUUGUCAAAGCUGAGGAGUUCAGGGAUGGAUAUUCCCAGUGAGAUGCGAUCAGUUGUUCUGAUGAACAGUUUGCCAGGAUCGUGGGAUCAAAUUGCGUCAGCAUUGGAGAUGAAGUUGAGUACGGACAAGGAGAAUGGUUGGAGCUAUGAUAAUGUGUGGAAGGAGGUGAGAGAUGCUGGUCAGUUCAAGGAACUUCUCGAAAAGAAUCAGGCUGAUGAUUCAGUGUCUCAUGACAAUGCUAUUGAUGGUAGGAAAAAUAAGCGGGUUUUAAGAGGUAAAUGCUAUUCUUGUGGAAGAUCAGGUCAUUACCAAUCUCAUUGCCCUAUCUCCUGAUUGAAGGUAUGCGUCAGAAACUGUGCUACGCUGCUUAAUCUUACUAAGUUGCUCGAACCAUUUGUAAACUUUGCUUGUAAGAGGGCUUGUGUGCAUAAAGUACAAAUAAGUUUAUAGAAAAUCAAUCGGUUAUUCAUCUAGUUCAUAGGAAUUCAAUAAGUAGUCCACUCUCCUCAAAGUUUCCGGAAAGUAAUUUGCUGUGGAAUUUGAAACUCCAUAAGCAACCACAAUUUGAAACUGAGCACCAUUCCUCAAGAUCCUCCUUGUCAUUUGGGUGGAACUGAGAACUUCCACUUCACCUUUACUUGUAAUUGUCAUUUUAAAAGUUGUGCAGAAAAAAAAUAGUGGGGUGGAUUUUGAUUUUUUAGGCAAGUCUGAAUGAAUUUUCCAAUGUAAAUGUUUACACUUCUUCCAUCUGAAAGUGCAGGUAAUUAUAUAAGAGGAGAAGUAACGCUACUGGAAGCCUCCCGCUAAUUAUCUUAAAUCUGCAUUUGCUUGUGUAAAAUAUGUACUAUGUCCUGAGUUUUUUUCUUUUCCAUUCAAAUAUUUUACCUUUGUCACGACUCACGAGUGUUUAUACCUCCUGAAAACUAAGUGGAUUGAUG